GAAUGCAAGGCAGCGCUCCAUCGCGGCCCGCCACAGCUGAGGAGGAGGCAUGGCUGGAUGCUCAAGAGUUUCUGGAUCAUGCCCACACUCAGUGGCUCUACGCCAGUGACGGAAUCGCUACAGCAGCGCAGGAUGCCCAUGGCUUUGAGGAUUAUGGCUUUGAGAAUUCCGAGGCUUUCGGGAUGAUGAGAGACGUGCAACAAGCCUCCGAGUUUCUUGUGAAUCGAGAGAUUGCAACAAAGGCGUCGUUUCAUCGCCUGAGUUCCAUGCGGAAGUCUGCACUGAAACUAGUAAGCAUAAUUGAUGAGGCUAUCCAUACUGUCGUUCAAAACGAACGGAAUGCUGCCCUGGAGAAAAUCGAGGCUGUGAUGCAAAUGAAAAACGAGUGUGAGGAAGUCGCAAUAGCCGAGCGAAUGCAGCUCCAGUCCGAGGUUGCACUGCUUAAGCAGCAGGGAGAAUGCCUGGUAGAUCUCCUGGAACAAGAGAAAGACAAGAGCAUUUGUGCAAUCUGCUUUACAAGACCGAGGAACGUCAUCACUUUACCUUGCUUGCACUUCCACUACUGCAACUCGUGCCUCGAUCAGCACCAGAGAACAAAUCGAACUUGUCCGAGCUGCAGAUGCCCGAUAAGUGGGACACUGAAAUGCAGCUUAUAAAAUCCAUGGCGACGUCUCUCGAAGAAAUCCUUGCAGGGAUCGCACGAGGAAGAGCGAAAAUACUUUAAAAAAACACGAAGAAAGGAGAAAAGGAAAAAAGAGCUUUUUCCACAGCUACAAUGUGGAAAACACUACUACAAUGUCAAUCAAUCAAUUCGUUCACAAACCUUGAGAAAAUAAUGAUUAUAGUA